AUGUCCCCCACACUAGGAAUCACCCAUAUUGGCACGGCCACUGCUAUCCUUGAAAUCAACGGCGUCAACUUUCUGACCGAUCUCUUCUUUUCCCCUGCUGAUCAACUUCCAGUGAUUGAUGCGGUGCUUCUGAGCCACGAAGAUCACCCCGACAACCUGGACGAACUUGGUCGUCAACUCCUAGAUGGGCGCCGUGUGUUCACCACCGUCGAUGGUGGGAAAAAUCUUAGUCCCCGUCCAGCUGUGCAUGGCAUGAAGCCAUGGGAGGAGCUUGAAACCAUUAUCGCUGGAAAGAAGUUCAAAAUCACGGCUACUCCGACUCGACACGUUCCUGGAGACGAGUGCGCCGGCUUCAUUGUGACCGGGGACAAUUUCGGAACUGGGCGUGACGGCCUUCCUAAUGCAAUCUAUUUCAGCGGCGACACGGUCUACUUUGAUGAAUUAAACUCUAUCGCGGGCCGGUAUCACAUCUGUGUAGCUGUGAUGAAUUUGGGCAACGCUCAUGCCCCCAUGACGGAGGACCCCGAUAGCCCUCUCAUGCAAAUUACGAUGGGCGACAAUGAUGGUGCAAAGCUAUUCCGCGCCCUCAAGGUAGAUGUUCUGGUUCCCAUGCAUUAUGAAUCCUGGGGGCAUUUCACCCAGUUCAGAGAUGAGCUACGCCAAGUUUUUCAGGCUGAAGGAAUUAGUGAGAAAAUUUGUUGGCUCACAGGUGGUGAGAAGAUCAGAGUUCUUUGA